AUGAAUCUCCUGGAACAGAUUUUCAAUUGUGAUAAUCAUUUCGAUAUUGUCGCGAGUAUCUCAACUCCUAUUCCACUUGGAGUCUUUUUACGUUAUGGCAAUAGAUGUUUUUCUAAUACGGAGACAUUUUCAACUGGAAUAGAUACUAAUCCAUAUGGUUUGAGUGUGGAAGAUUAUGAUAAUCAAUCAGAUAUUGUUACAGGUAAUGUUGCAAGUAGUCGCACAAGUUUCUUAAUUAGAGAUGAUUUGGAUUAUUUUAUUUUAUUACACACAUAUUCAACCGAAACUGCAACGUUGUCCAAUGAAGUAGUUGUUGAUGAUUUAAACAAUGAUGAAAAUCUGAAUGUCAUUGUAUUUAAUCAUAUAAUUAGUACUGCAAAUGUUUUUCUUGGAUAUGAUAAUGAAAAUGAUUUUAAUAAUGAUAACAUCGCCGAUAUUGCUCUUGCUAACACAGAAGUGAAUACAAUUGUCAUAUUAUUUGAUGUUGGUGAUGAAUCGUUUUUACUAGGCAUUACGUAUUCAACUGCGACUCUAAUCAUUACAAUCAUUCAGAUAUCAUUGUUACGAAUUCUCAAGCGAACAAUAUUAAUUACCAUUUUUCAUGUCUAUAACAGUAAAAUAUUUAUUUUAACAUCGAUGUAUUCAACUGGUGUUCCUUCUCAACCUUAUAUCGUUGUCGUUGAUUAUUUCGAUAAUGAAGAUAGUGUCGAUAUUGUCAUUGGUAAUUCUAAUACAAGUCAAAUAUCUUUUGUAUUGUAUGGAGAUGAAAAUGGGAUUUUUCGAAACGAGAUUUCGUAUUUAUUAAAAGAUUAUGAAAGUCUCCAACAUUCAAUUGCUUUAAUUGAUCUAAAUCAAGAUAAAAGAAUCGAUAUGGUUGUAGGAAGUUUAUACUACAAACGAUAUAGAUACGCUCAUCAAAAUAUGUGA